AUGGAUUCCGCAGAGUCAGGUCAGAACAACGAGAAGAAGACGGACAGCGAGGCACCGCUCAGAAGCAUGUCGAUUGCACGCUUCAUCCCGCGCUUCACCAAGCCGCGUCUUCUGACCAGCAACAUCCCGACCUACCGACAUUCGUUCUCCUUGCCCGCUCAGGCAGCCAAUGUGGAACUUGGAGAAUCUAGCAAAGCCGAGUCGUCAAACACAGAGCCACCUAGCAAGGUAGAAUCACCCGAGGAGCCGGAAAUCCCUAGCAACGCAUCAUACAUCGAAUGGAACAAGUUACUGCCGGUACCAUCGAAUCUACUCGACUCGUUUGAGGCGCUAUGGGUCUCUAAGCGGAAAUCACAGAGGGCGUCAACGGAGGGAUCCGACUAUCUUCAGGCCCGCAGCCCCGCCACCGGCACUUCUUCGAUCGUAUCGGCUACUUCGCCGCCGCGGCUGGUCUUCUUCGGCGAGCAACACCAUCAGCCUGAAGUGAUGAGGGCUCAACUACAGACUCUGCAUGCACUUCAUCAGCAAUGCCAGUUCUCAUCGAGUCCUCGGAUCACAACGGACGGCAACUCGGCAUCGGAGCAAGCCGAGACAACUUGCGCUCAGAAGCCAGCUUCAGCACGAACACCAGUCUAUCGCCUCCAUCUUGUUCUCGAGCACUUCUCAGUGCUAGAUCAAGACAUGCUCAACUCCUUCUCGCAGGGCAAGCUUGGCCCGGACGAGCUUGCAGAAACAUAUCAGGCCCAGAGUGAAGAAUCAUUUCAUAUCGGACAAUACAUGCCCCUACUGAUGCUGGCAAAAGAGCUCAACGUGCCCAUCUGGGGCGGCUUCCCGCCGAGGCAAUGGGCAAGGCAAGUCUUCAGAGAUGGAGUUGAUGCUGUCAAGCCAGAUGAAGAGAGACGUGUUGGUGCAGCAACGCAGACUGAGGCUUCUCUAACGCAGGGUGAAGAAGAUCGCCCAGCUCCACCGAGGACUGCCCCAAGGUCGUUCAUACAAUCGCCACUGUUCACAUCUUGGAAUUCGGUGACCAAGAUCAGUACCGCCCACCGUAGCUAUCUCUCCGGACUCAUGCGACCUGACUUGCCACCGCGCUUCCCGCAGCUUCCAGCCUCAGAAGCCGAAGAUUCAAAACAGCAGAGCAGCAUAACGGAGCGAAGUAACUGCGAAGCAACAAGGCAUUCGCCAAUAUACCCGACUCGGCUUCUAAAGCCUCAUAACAUCGAGACGAAAGGCUUUGGUCCGGCACAAGCUCUCAAAGACUCCUACCUAGCCCAUGUCACGGCGUGGAUUUUACGAGGAGCUCGACAGGAGGUCACAGCCGCAAACAAGCUGCCUGACGACUCGUCAUCGAAUGCGGUCGAAGCUUCAACCCAUCCCAGUCAACAGCCUUUGCCACCCACGGCAGGCAAGUCGAGCGAUGCAGGUCAACCGAUCGUCCACGUGGUUCUGGUGGUAUGCGGUCUAGGGCAUUGCGAAUAUGGCUUCGGCGCGCCCGAAAGGGUUGUCCAGUUGCUUUCACAACAAGACGCACCAUCCAGCCACAGUCUGAUCCCGAUGCCUUACAUCAUCGCUAGUAAGCCUCUUGACUCAGGCAUUUGGCUAGGAUACGAGCAUCCUCUCCAGUCUGUGACAUCGGAGCAAGCGACCGCGGACGAUGGAGCCGUCACGCAAACUCACCCUGUGACAGAAGAGCCUCAGACCGUUGAGUCCAAGGAAGUCACCCGAGAUGCCGUCAAGCAAUGGCUGAGCAGCCCCUGGGGCAGAAAGAUGGCCGAUGCAGUGCUGCUGUACAACUGGAUUGACGACCAACCGGCCUAG